UGCCAACAACACGACGCGUCGCUCGCGCAUCGUGAUCGCUCGACUCCCGCUUCAUACCCGCGCGUAACGGCGUCCUCUCCAUUUCUGCUUCGCUUUCGCGUCGGUUCCGCUCGGCCCGGCUCGGCACCGACUUCGCGCGCUCACCGAGUCGCGCGUUACGAACGCGCACGGACGGGACAGCCAGCCGCGGGAUUCCGCGCGCCGUCGAACACGAAACAACCGCUCGAACAAACUUUCCGUCUCGUACGGACGCCGGAGACAAAAGUUUCGAAUCGAUAAUCGAAGGUGCUUCUCUUCCUCCCUUUCGCGGCGUUUUCGCGCGCGGAAGACAGAUAGUUUAUCGGUGAUGCCGCUCCGAGGGACGGAACUUUCUCCGGCGGUAUUAUGUCGAGAUUAGGACCCGGGGGACUUCCGGAAACGAUAUCGGUCACAGACUGCGGGAACUCGGCCCUCCUCGCACCGGUGCUUAUGCGGGAAGCGCGGGCCGCCGUCGCGGGGACCUCGGCGAUCCUUUCGCGCGGUGCGCGAAUCGAAGUGAUCGAACGAGAGUGCGAGUGAACCGCGAGGUGCUCGCCAAUCGACCUCCGAUCGGAAUUCUAACGUGACGCAACAGUGCAGUGAUAAGUGGACCGGAAAUCGCAACGCGAGGCUGCUGCAACGUGUGACUGCAGUGAGCGACGCGAAAAAGUGCGCGUAACUUCGAUCACCCUCCUUCGAGACUGCACCUCGUUCGCCUUUUGGAUGUUACGCGUCUGUGUCGCAGACCGAGCGACCAAGUGGAACGCGAUGAACGUCUGAAGCGAGGAUCACAAGUCAGUCGUCACAAUGAAAGUGCACCUGAUCCUCGCCAACAUCUUCCUCGCAGUAAAUCUCCACUUCACCGGGAGUCAGGCGGAGCAUCAGCAGUCGUCGAGCGCCGAGAACGAAGUGGUGCCGUUGAAAGCGUCCGAUGACAGAAGCGAGGAUGCCGCCGCGAUCAAGGGUCCCGUCAGAGAAGUCCUCGCGCAGAGUGGCAGCACGGCGAUCCUCCCGUGCAAAAUCACCGAUCCCGGGGCUGGAACCAUCACAUGGAUGAAGCUCCGAGAGUUAUUAACCGUCGGGACGAACACCCACUCGAUCGACAAUCGAUUUGUCGUGAUGCAUUCGAGUACUGAUUGGUCACUUCAAAUACGAGCAGUUACUCUUCAGGACGCCGGUAUAUACGAGUGUCAGGUGACGUCGCAUCCGGUGCAGCGGAACUUCGUGCGCUUGAAGAUCACGGAAGCGUACUCGAUCAUACCAGGGGCGCCUGAUUUACAUGUGAAGCAAGGCUCGAGCCUCCGGCUGGAGUGUCAGCUGAAGGCGGCCGCGGAGUCGCCCCUCUACGUCUUCUGGUAUCGUCAGGGGCACAUGAUCAAUUACGACGAGGAACCGGGCGUGAAAGUCGAGCUGACCAAGAACGGAUCGAUCCUAAUGGUCAACAAAACGAAGCCGACGCACGGAGGAAAUUAUACCUGCGCCCCGAGUAACGCCAAGCCGGCGUACGUGAUGGUUCACGUGAUCGAAGAGGAGGAGAAACCGGCGGCGAUGCACGGCGGUGACAGGAGGAACGUCAGCCCGUCGAUUCUGGCGAGCAACUUACUGGUGUCUCUCCUGACGGUGAUCAGCUGGAGGAUACCGAGCUUGACCAAUCUCUACCCGACGUGAAUCACCGUCGAGAGUUACGGCAACGGCCAGAGUAUCCGCGCCGCUGCGAUCCGGUCCGUCGUCUUCCGCCAUCGACCGGAUCGUCGGUACUCGUCGUUUAUCCGGCAGCAAUCGAUGCCACGAGAACGGGACGACGUCGUCGUCGUCGAGUGUUCGCGUGUGCAGCUUGCGAGCCUCUCGGUGUGUAGAAGAGCCGGAGCCCUCGCGAGAGGGAUUCGCGUACGAUCGCAAGGGCAGGACUUUCAGUCGACGAUGAAUCCUUUUGUUCCAAUCCCUCCCGCCCGUUUGUCCCCGUCUACCUUUAAUCUCGCAAUUUCUUUGUCUCGAGGAACGUGGGCGCGGUCGGAAUAACGAUUAUCCGCCGUGCCCUGUGUGUCUCUGCGAAUGUCUGUCUGUGUGUAUGUGUAUGUGUGUGGAAUUGAUCUAGGAGUUGAACGCGGUGAGCCACGUUCCAUCGUUAACUCCCGGGGAAUCGCGGAACACCGCGGGAGGAGGGCUCUCCUCUUUCUAAGUUCGAGUCGACGGGAACUGGAACGUCACAAGGACGGCCUGUUACUCGUUAAUAUCUCACCGCUCGCGCGUGAGAGAGAGUGAAUCAGUUUCUGUGCAUUAUAAAUAUACUAUAAAUGUAUGCAUAUAUAAUAUAUAUAUUCGUUACGUACGCGGGAAGCACAUAAUUGUAUGUACACGUGCAUAGGAUGUAAGCGAAAACCGAUCUCCGAGUCUUUUUUUCUUCCCUUCGAAUUCGUUGUCGGAGUUAGUUCGGGAUAAAUGAAAUCGAUGUAAAUAUUACCUGCAUUCUCUAACGAUACAAUCCAAUAAAACAUUAAUCGAAGUUGCGAA